AUGACUUUGAAAUUGUAUUAUGAUUUAAUGUCACAACCAUCUAGAACACUAUAUAUCUUACUUAAAGUUUCAAAGUGCGACUUUGAACCCAAAUUUGUUGAUUUACGAAAAGGAGAGCACUAUUCUAAUGAGUAUGCCAAAAUAAAUAGGUUUCAAAAAGUACCGUUGAUUGAUCAUAAUGGAUUUGUUCUAAGUGAAAGUGUUGCUAUACUGAGGUAUCUAUCAGGAGAGAAUUUAAUACUGCCUAGUUUGUAUCCCAAAGACAACAAAAUCCGAGCUCGUGUCGAUGAAUUCCUAGAAUGGCAUCACAUUGAGUUUAGACUUCACUUGUCUAUGUAUUUUAGAGUUAAGCAUAUGGACCCCAUAAUAACGGGAAUACCACCAAAUCCAAAAACACUGAAAGGUUAUGAAAGGAGGUUAAUAUCAGCGUUGGAAACUUUUGAAGUUCAGUGGCUCAAGAAUGGCAAUGAAUUUAUUACUGGCAAUACCAUCACUGUAGCUGAUUUGUUUGCUGCCUCUGAAUUGGAACAACCAAGAAUGGCCGGUUACAAUCCAGCGGAGAGAUUUCUAAGAAUUGGAUCCUGGUGGCAGAAGGUGCGGGAACACUUCAGUCCCUAUUAUGAAGAGGGUCAUGUCAUAUUGAACAAGAUUGUUAAUAAGCAAAAACAGCAAAGCGCUAAAUUGUAA